CGGCCGGGCGGCGGUGCGGAGUUUACGGAGUAGUCCUUGAGCGGCGUUUCUGGGUCUCUGUAGAUGUGAGUCCUAUGGAGCUACGCGGGGAAGAGCAGCCGCCACCGCAGGAACCCUGGGGCAGGCUCCUUCGUCUAGGCGCCGAGGAGGGCGAACCCCAAAUUCUUCUGUGGAAACGCGAGUGGACCAUCGGGAGGAGGAGAGGUUGUGACCUCUCUUUCCCCAGCAAUAAAUUGGUCUCUGGAGAUCACUGUAAACUUAUAGUUGAUGAAAAAUCUGGUCAGGUGACACUGGAAGACACCAGCACCAAUGGAACAGUAAUCAACAAGCUGCAUGUUGUCAAGAAGCAGGCUCACCCGUUGCAGAGUGGGGACAUCAUCUAUUUGGUAUACAGGAAGAAUGACCCAGAACACAAUGUGGCAUACCUCUAUGAGUCUUUAAGUGAAAAGCCAAGCUUGACUCAAGACUCCUUUGAAGCCAAUAAAGAAAAUAUGUUCCGUGUGACCAAAGAUUCCUCAGGUCCAGGGCAGGGUGAUGAUCCCCAGGUUCCACCAUCGUCACCCAUGGCUCAGACAUGCUUAGAGGAAUCACAGCCAUCAACAUCGACAUCAGACCUCUUCCCCACGGCCUCUACCUCUUCUACGGAGCCAGAGCUGACCUCUGCAGGGCAAAAGCGUUCCUCUAGCUCUGGACCUGGGAAUGCAGGCAUCUCCCCAAAAGAAUGUAGUUCACUUGUUGCAAAUGGUGAACUCUCUAGACUUCCCCCAGCUCUCCAAGGCAAAGAAGCAUCCUUUUCUUUGAUGGAAACCCAAGACCAUGAUAAAUUGGAGCCUGCCAAAAAAAAGAUGAAAGGAGAUGGGGAGCUUGAUUUGAACCUCCAGUUAUUGGUUGCAGACCAGUGUGGAAAUGCACAGAGCUCACAGGAGGAUGUCAGGGUUGCCUCUGUGAAGCCAGACAAGAUGGAGGAGACACUCACCUGCAUCAUCUGUCAAGACCUUCUGCAUGACUGUGUGAGUCUGCAGCCUUGUAUGCACACAUUUUGUGCGGCUUGCUACUCUGGAUGGAUGGAACGUUCGUCCCUGUGCCCUACCUGCCGAUGUCCAGUGGAGCGCAUCUGCAAGAACCACAUCCUGAACAACCUUGUGGAAGCAUACCUCACCCAGCACCCAGAUAAGAGUCGCAGCGAAGAAGAUGUGAGAAGUAUGGAUGCAAGGAAUAAAAUCACUCAAGAUAUGCUGCAACCCAAAGUGAGGAGGUCUUUCUCUGAUGAGGAGGGCAGUUCAGAAGACCUGCUAGAACUAUCGGAUGUUGAUAGCGAAUCCUCAGACAUCAGUCAGCCAUAUAUUGUGUGCAGACAGUGUCCUGAAUACAGAAGGCAAGCAGUGCAGUCUCUUCCUUGCCCAGUCCCAGACAGUGAGCUGGGAGCUACACAGGCCCUUGGUGGGGAAGCAGCAUCAACAUCUGCCAGCUUGCCAGCAGCAGCCCAGGGUUAUGUGUGCCCUCUUCAAGGAAGCCAUGCCAUAUGCACCUGCUGCUUCCAGCCUAUGCCUGACCGCAGAGCUGAGCGUGAGCAGGACCCCCGCGUCGCCCCUCAGCAGUGUGCGGUGUGCCUGCAGCCCUUCUGCCACCUGUACUGGGGCUGCACACGGACUGGCUGCUUUGGCUGCUUGGCCCCGUUCUGUGAGCUCAACCUGGGGGACAAGUGCUUGGAUGGAGUGCUGAACAAUAACAACCACGAGUCGGACAUCCUGAAGAAUUACCUGGUGACCAGAGGUCUGACAUGGAAGAGUAUGUUGACAGAGAGUCUCCUGGCUCUACAGCGGGGUGUGUUUCUACUGUCUGAUUACAGAAUCACUGGAAACACUGUGCUGUGCUAUUGCUGUGGUCUGCGUAGCUUCCGAGAGCUGACCUACCAGUAUCGGCAGAACAUUCCUGCUUCUGAGUUGCCAGUGACUGUAACAUCUCGUCCCGAUUGCUACUGGGGCCGUAACUGUCGCACUCAGGUGAAGGCCCACCAUGCAAUGAAAUUCAAUCACAUCUGCGAGCAGACAAGGUUCAAGAACUGAGUAUUGGAGGAGACACAUGAACCGUUACAGAGCACAGGAGGCAAUAACUCUCUGGUUUAAGAUACCACAUGCAAAUACUUUAAGGGCAUUUUUACAGUUCCCCCUAAGCAGCACUGGUCAGGCACUCUGGUGUGGCUUUUCCCUUUGUGGAGCUUUACUUUCAGUGAGACACAUGGAUGCACACGGGGGCACACGCAGACGCACAUGCACACACGUAGCCCAGUAACCUGGCAGGCCUACUGGGGACACUCACUUUGCAGUCAGUAG